CAGGCUUGGGUAACAAAAUCUGUAUUUAGCAUCAGGCCAUAUAUUAAAGUACCGAAGAAUAAGUAUUUUGAGGGAAUUAAGCCAUUAAUAAUCCUUCAAAGGACCUUAGGAAGGUUUCCGUAUUCUUUUAAUAAACAUGGAUUCAAUCCAUUCAAGCUUCUUUCUUUUACAACACUUUACACAGUUGUGUUCUUUAGUGUUCAGUCUGCUUGGACGAUAUAUACAAUGUUUGUUAUCGCAAAGCUAAAGAUCUACAAUGCGCCCAGUUAUGACGAGGUCCUGUAUUGGAUCUCCAUUGGCCUUCUUCUGCUAUUGAACUUUACUACCCCGAUUACGAAAUGGAUAGAUGCCCGUAGGCAUGUUCAGUUCGUCAACAGCUGGCAAGAUUUUCAGGUGAAUUACAUGAAAUGCGAACUGCAGAUGACCUUGGCACAGCCAAUAAAGAUAAUAGCAAUCCUCAUCUUACCUGCCGCGUUGGUCUUCAUGAUCUUGGAGACCUACCUUCUCAACAACCUCCCCUUCCUCGUCAUUCUCCCUUUCGUCUCAGCUAUUUCUGCGGCAUCAACCACACUUAUUCACUGGUGUGUGACACUCUACGAAUUGCGUGUGGUUUCCAGGCAUUUGCUCAGCAAAAUUAUAAUGAAUGGAUGCAGGCAAAUGUCGAGGUAUCGACGGACGUGGCUGGAACUGAGUAAACUCGUUUCGGCAGUUGGCGAGGCCCACGCUUACACUGGAAUGAUGAUGUCGGUGAUCUUCUUUAUCUCUAUAAUAUUGUCGACGUACACUAUCCUGUCCUCCCUUUUCGAGUCAGAAACCGUCUCCAACAACGUCUGGGGUCUAAUCAUGGGUGCCAUCAUAGGUUUCCUAUGCAACUUCAUUUUGUAUGACGCUGCAUAUCGAACGACUCAAGAGGUUGGUCCAAACUUCAGCUCCAAGAUCCUUAAUCUGGAUCUAACACAUUUGAGUCAAGGCGAAAUCAACGAGGUAAAAGAGAUAUAUUUCGUUAUUGAUUCAAACAAUGUCAGCACAUCCACCACUGAUCGAGUACCUCGGUUUUGUAACUAUUAACAGAAAUUUGUUUCUAUCGACUAUAUCCAACGCAGUUACAUAUCUAGUGGUCCUGGUCCAGUUUAAAGCAUCUUCACCAAUGGAUGCAAAUAAUGAGGAAGUACAGUAA